CUGGGAUGUACCAAGACCCAAUCCUCUGUCAACUCUUAUAUCAGCUCGUCUUGAUUUUAAGAAAUGCCAACUCAGGCUAAGGAAUCAAAUAAACGAAUCUGGACCGAUGAGGAAGGAACUAAAUGAAUCAUGGAAAGAGCUAAAAACGAAACAAAAUGCAUUAAAAGCAUUGCAUUUGGAAUUUGAAAAAUUGGAAAGUGAAGACAAGAAAACCCGUGCUCGGGAAAAACUUGAAGAGGAAAAGAAAUUGCAACUAAAACUAAGCAAGCAGCUAGAAAAUGUAAAAGAAGAGGUUACAAAAUUAGGUAGUGUUGAAGAGCAAAUGAAAAGGCAUUUGAUGCAGUACCAGAAAUACGAGGCUUAUCUGAGUUACGUUGUCCAACACAAUGAAGAGUUUUCGAGUGUGGAUGAAAUUUUGGAUCGUUACAGAAUAUUAUGUAACAUGCAGACAGAAUUAGAAAACACUUUAGAAUCAGACUUGCAGUUCAUGAUUCAGUCUCGGAAUGAUAUUGAUGACCUAACAGAGGAAAAAUUCAAUAUGAUAAAUUCACUGUGCAACACACUGGCCAAGGUUCGAGUCAGAGCUAAAAUCGCCUCUGAAAAUGUCAUUUAUUGGGAGACUCUAGUUAAUACAGUGAGAACAUUCAUUGCAGAGAAAACUCUGGAGCUUGAAAUGGUGAGAGAUGCUGUGUGGAGUCUGUACAUGCAGAUGUGCCGGAAACACAAAGUCAGCAACCCUGUUUCGAAGACAAACUUUGAAAAGCAGAUUGCUUUCAUUUACAAAACCAUACUUCAGUACAAACAGAUUGUAAAGAUUGCAACUAGAAAAUCAGGCGAGACCUUUCAUUCCAACCGGCCCAACAGUUCAGUUGUCAGUGUGCCCAACCACUAGAAUUGUGUUGCAUUGUUGUACGUAGCCUUUCAUUGUGUAACAGUCUAUUUUCAUCCAAUGCUAAAAUCUGUUGCUCCUUGAAACAUUGUGAUUGUGAACUAUCUAGCAGCAAGUAAAGGUAACUCAUGAAAAUGAAGUCAUUACUAGAAGCUUAUACAACUCUAAGUAAUAGGAUUAGCAUGAUAGCGCUAUCUAAAAAUCAGCGUACAGAACUUUUUCUCAUACUUAAUGAUCAUGAUAAAAAACUGAAGAUGUUUUGUUCUGGUAUGUUAAGAAACAUUUACAAAAAAAUCAAGUUUUCUUUAGUAAAAUUGAAAGUAAAACUUGUUACAAAUAAAAUAAAAACCUAUAAUCUUGGUUAAAAUUUAGCAAAACUACAUUGUUUCAAUUAUAAAUAGGUUAAAACAGCUGUUUUCCCAUAGCAGUAUUGGGUAGCACCAUGGACAUAAUAACUUCUGAAAAACUUGUGGCCUCAUAUAACAUAACUUUCUGAAAAUGGUGGCUGUGGGGGAAGUGAAUUCACUUUCUUGGCUUAUAUUCCUCAUAACUAAUUAGUGUUAUAUGUACAAAAUAAAUAACAAAAUCUAUAACAAUGAAAGAAAUUUAAAAAAAUCAUACUUCAACAUAUAUUAAUAGAUUUAUUUUCUUAAUUUAUGUAGAACAACUAUAGAUUAUCUGUCCAUUUUUCAAAAACGUACUGAGGCAACUCAAAUUGUUACCAUCAGUUUGAAUCGCUUUGAAGGUCUACAACUUUUUAAGACAACUUAUCUCUUAAUAUAGUUAUAACGAAUUCAAACAAAACUUUUAUUAAAUUAAUUUUAUUCUUUAAAAGAAUUUUUUGACUGUGGAACUGUUAGUUUCUAGAUAUAACCUAUUUAGUUUAA